AUUGCAUUCGUCUUUCAGAAACAAAGAAAGAGAAAGAAAAGGCAGGGGGAAAACAGUGAAGGGAGAGAGAGAGAGAGAGAGAGAGAGAGAGAGAGAGAGAGGGGGGCAGCAAAUCAAAGAGCAAUGGACGCCUACGAGAAACUGGAGAAGGUAGGAGAAGGGACCUAUGGCAAAGUGUACAAGGCCAUCGAGAAGAACACUGGAAAGAUCGUCGCCCUCAAGAAGACCCGGCUCCCCGAAGACGAAGAAGGGGUCCCUCCAACCACUCUUCGGGAGGUCUCCAUCCUUAGAAUGCUCUCCAUCGAUCCCCAUGUUGUCAGGCUGCUUGAUCUGAAGCAAGGUCAGAAUAAAGAAGGGAAGACGAUUCUGUAUCUGGUUUUUGAAUACAUGGACACUGACCUGAAGAAGUACAUCAAGAGUUUCCGAGCAAACCACAGUUUGAUCCCAUCCAAGAUUGUUAAGACCCUGAUGUACCAAUUAUGCAAGGGCAUUGCGUUUUGCCAUGGCCAUGGUGUCUUACACAGAGAUCUCAAGCCUCACAACCUUUUGAUGGAUCGAAAGACAAUGAUGCUGAAAAUAGCAGAUCUCGGGCUCAGUCGAGCUUUCACUGUUCCUAUGAAGAAGUACACUCAUGAGAUCCUGACGUUGUGGUAUAGAGCCCCUGAAGUUCUUCUCGGGGCUACUCACUACUCGACCCCAGUCGAUAUUUGGUCUGUGGGCUGCAUAUUUGCUGAACUGGUGACAACACAGCCACUAUUUGCUGGGGACUCCGAGCUGCAACAGCUUUUGCACAUUUUCAGGCUACUGGGGACUCCAAAUGAACAAGUAUGGCCAGGACUAAGCAAGCUACCGAAUUGGCACGAGUAUCCUCAAUGGACGCCAAAGAAUCUGUCGACCGCUGUUCCAACUUUGGAUACGAAUGGUCUUGAUCUUCUCUCUAAAAUGCUGCAAUAUGAGCCUGCAAAGCGUAUAUCGGCGAAGAAAGCAAUGGAGCAUCCCUACUUCGAUGAGUUGAACAAGGCAUACUUGUAGAAGGCUUUGGUUUUCGCUCCUGCUUUCCUCAAGCACUGUGUUUGUUUUUUGUGGGAAGGAGAUUUCUCA